AUGGCGUUCUUCUACCGGCUUAGUUGCAAGGUCAAGAAUUUCCGAAUUUGGUGGUUUGUUGUUCUAUUUUUCACAGCAGCCGUCUAUAUUGCAUCAGUGGGAGAUAUAGAAUACAAAUGCAGCUUUGGAGGAAUAGAGUUCAUCAUCGCGGAAUGUUCUCAACUUAAGCACAUUCGUUAUGAGAACAAAACCUUCUGGGCUAAUUGCGCCGGCGAUGUUGUUUCUGACUUGAUGAUUCUCUCUAUUCCGGUUCUUGUUUUAUGGAAUACUCGGAUCUCACGCCGUAAAAAAGCCAUUCUUCUCAGCAUCUUUUCGGCAACCAUUAUAAUCAUGAUAAUCGCCAUAAUUCGAGUAGUAGUCGAUAAUACCAUCGACCGUGAGAUAAAUAUUGCCUGGUUAUGCUUCUGGGGGUUUGUUGAGGUUGAUGCUGCAAUCAUUGUCUCUUGUGUCGCCUCCCUCAGGCAAAUGUUCAUCACCUCACAGAACCGAGAUUCACAUAGUGGGGCAACUUAUGCAAAUCCCUCCUUUGACAGAGUGUUAAAAGUUUCCAAAAUUGUAAGCAACCGGACAGAAUCUCGAUAUCGAGGUGAUGCUGAGGCACUAACAAGUGAUGUUGUCCCACUAUCACCUCUUACUAUCGUGCAUGUCCGUCAUGAUAUUGAAGUGACCAGCGACAAUGCGUCUUCACGGGCUGACACCGAGAAGGUCUGCGGGCACCAUACAAGUUUUGACUAG